ACAUAACCCUGAUUGACUCGCCCGGUCCGAUUUAUAUAUUCUAUAAGCUUAUUAAUCAAUUCCUCAAGGGAUUCGAAAAUGCGACUGUUACAAACAUGUCGGGCGUUGAACGCGAACCAGAACUAAAUAGAUUAGAAGUUCAACUAAAAAUACCAAGACUUGUACUGCAAGGCAAUUAUGAAUUUAAAGGACGUGGCAUAAUUGUAUAUACGAAUUCCUCUGGUAUAACUCACUCGGAUUUGCAGAAUGUGACAAUAAACUGUAGUCUUAAGGGAUUCAUUGAAUAUCGGAACAACAAGCGAUAUCUAAAGCUAUACGAAAUAUCUCCACAAAUUGAGUUGGAUCGUUGGAUAUUGUGGGCUGAUAAUCUCUAUAAGGAAAAUACGGAUCUAACCGUUGUACUCAAUCGUGUUGUCAAUGAAAACUGGCGCGAAAUGUGGAACGAGAUUGAGCCAACUAUAUUGCCGUCUUAUAGUCGAAGCAUUUUAAAGAUUAUCAAUAAGUUAAUGCUGACUGUUUCGUACGAUGAUAUGUUCUUAUUGAAUUGAUAUUUAUUUCAGUAAUUAUUAAGUUAUUUGUUGAGUAUAAAA